AUGCUACUGCAACCUUCUGCAGAGACUCGUAGCUCACGCUUUAUCCGGUCGUGGGAGCUCACGCCUGCGGCUUUUGUCAGCCUAGGCUCUGGCAAAGUCAAAGACCUAGAAAAAAGGUCUACCCUCCAUCGUCGGACUGCCACCACUUACGGCCUUAAACGGCCCAGCUCCAGGCAAACACUCUCAGAAAUCGUCAAGAAGUUUGGUACAUUUCCUUUCAGCUUGAGGCAGCUCGAUGAUGAGAGAGCUGGAAAAGUUGGGGUGGUGGAAUGUGUUAGGGCCAAUGUUAUUCGAGAAUACAAGCCAGCGGCUGAGGCUGAUGGUGAGCCUGUGGCACGACUUUUCACCACGAUCGCUAUCACUAAGAAUGGAAUUACACGACUGGCGGCACCUCCAGCGCCCGAUAUGAACACAUUGGAGACAAAAAACAAGUAA